AUGUCCCGAUACCGCUUUUUUCAUGUCCCAGGCUACUUUGUGGACGGACCCGAGGCGGCCAGGGCGUGUCCGGGCUCCAAGCUCACCACCCAACCCAACCUCGGCUUGUUGGAGAGACCCUACGACUCCGCGCCGAACGAGAAUGCGGCUGGCGAUGCCCCCUGGACCAGAUUCAGCGCGCAUGUGGAGUGGCUAAACAAGAACAGUCCUCCCGGCGUUUCCUACAAGUUGCUGUACCUCCUGCGACAUGGACUGAGUGUGCACAAUGUUGUCAUGGCAAAAGUCGGAAGAGAUGCCUGGAAUGGCCAUUGGUCUCAUCUCGAAACAGACGGCGAAGUCUCCUGGGUUGACGCAAAGCUCACAGAGGACGGCAUUAGCUUAGCCCGGCAUCUCGGACAGCUCUGGGUUGAGUGGGCCGACACCGUGGGUGUGCCUCUGCCAAGGACUUUGUACACCAGCCCCCUGGCUCGCUGUCUCGAGACGACCCGGCUCGUCUACGCACCCGUUGUGGCCAAGCACGAGAGAAUCUUUCAGCCACUAGUCAAAGAGCUGCUCAGGGAGCGGCUUACGGACCACACCUGCGACAAGCGGAGCACUCGACAGUGGAUUUCAGAGAACUAUCCGACAUGCGUGCUCGACCAAGACUUCGAAAUGGAAGAUCCCUUAUGGCAGGCUGAUCGGUCCGAAACGAACGAGGAACACGUGACUAGAAAACGGCGACUCCUCGAGGACAUCUUCGCCAAUGACGACGCCACGUUCGUCUCGCUGACCACACAUUCCCUCCGCGCCCUCCUCGUCCUUCUCCGCCCGGGUUCCCUCACCCACAUCGAGUCCGCCAUCCGCAACGCCCUCUACCUCUGGCUGGUCACCACGAUCAUCGCCCUCGGCUCAACCUACGCCACCGCCUGGGGCAUUUUUAACACCGCUCGAGGCCACGAGAUGCCGCUACUCCUUUGA